AUGGAGGAUGAUUGCUACUACCAAGGGUAUAUUGCAGGCUUUCCCAAUUCACUUGUGACACUCAGCACCUGCUCUGGGCUCAGAGGGCUAUUGCAGUUUGAGAAUACUAGCUAUGGAAUUGAACCCUUGGAUUCUUCCCCUGGGUUUGAGCACAUUAUUUAUCAAAUAAAGAAUGAAAACAUUCAGAGUCCACUUUUUGCAAACAACUACACUGAUAUAGGGAGAGAAAAGGUGACAAGAAAGGUGUCUUAUAAGCUGCAUACAGAUAUUGAAUCAAUGUCAGAUGUCACUAAAUCCCCCAGAUACCUGGAAAUCGAUGUCAUUUUGGACAAGGGUUUGAUGUUUACCCCCCUUAAUAUUACAAUUGUAUUGUCUUCAUUGGAGUUUUGGACAGAUAAUAAUAAAAUUCGUACAACAGGGGAAGCUGAUGAGAUACUACAAAGAUUUUUACAAUGGAAAGAAUCUUACCUUGUUCUACGGCCACAUGAUAUGGCAUAUUUAUUUGUUUACAGGGACCACCCUAAUUAUGUAGGGGCAACAUUUGCAGGAAGGAUUUGUCUCAAAAACUAUGCUGGAGGAGUUGCCCUGUAUCAAAGGGCUGUAACACUGGAGACAUUUUCAGUCAUCAUUGCACAGCUGCUGGGUCUUAGUCUGGGAAUAGCAUAUGAUGAUUCUAGGGACUGUCAGUGUUCAGGAUACACCUGCAUAAUGCACACCAAAGCAGUACAUUCCAAUGGAGUAAAAGCCUUUAGCAGCUGCAGCAUUAGAGACUUCAAAAGUUUUAUAAAACAUAAGGGAGGAGACUGCCUCUCUAACAAGCCCUAUUUGAAUAUGUCCUACAAGAGGGCUUCAGUCUGUGGCAAUCGUAUUGUGGAAAGAGGAGAGCAGUGUGACUGUGGCUCAGCACAGAAUGGACACAGAUGUGAACACAAUACUGCCUAUUGUUACAAAGGACGUUGCCAGUCUCCUGAUAUAGAGUGUCAGAGGAUCUAUGGAAAAGGUUCUAAAAAUGCUCCUCUUGCAUGUUAUGAAGAAAUCAAUAGUCAAACAGAUAGGUUUGGACACUGUGGGAAUGAUCCGAAGAAAGGAUUUCAAACCUGUAGUUGGAUGCAAGUGUAA